UUUGUUGUGAGCUCGAGCCUCCGAGCUAGGAGGUUGGAGAAGCCGUCGGGAAGGGGAAGCCGGACUCGAAACCGCGCUCGUCCGCCGCGGCCGGGGCAACGUUGUCGCUGGGUCCGCGGGGGGCCGCUGUUCCUGAGAGAAACACUGGACCCAGAGGAUAAAACUUCCCCCCAAGCUGACUUAUUGUUUGCACCCCAAGUUGGACUCCUGUGUCUGUUCAGAGUCAAGACAGGUGCCAGGCAUUGUGCACUGAACUGUGAAACUGCAGCUGGGACCCUUGGAGACAAGUAGCCCCUCCUGUUUAGCAGCUGCCAGGCACAAAGAAUUUGGCUUCUGCUUUCCUACCCUGCCUCUCCCUUUUAGGUGAAGAAAAAUCCUACAGAUAUUUUGGCUGUGUGGCUUUGGGCAGUGAAUGCUAAUAAAGGAAGGAAGGAAGAUCCUUAGUAGCCUUUCUCACAAGGAUAUAGCCGGCUGAUGUAACCAUGGUACUAAUCCUGGGCCGCAGACUGAACAGAGAGGAUCUUGGGGUGCGUGAUUCCCCAGCUGUUAAACGUAAAGUGUUUGAAAUGGACCCCAAGUCUCUCACAGGCCAUGAGUUUUUCGACUUUUCUUCAGGAUCCUCCCAUGCUGAGAACAUACUCCAGAUCUUUAAUGAAUUCCGAGACAGUCGCUUGUUCACAGACGUCAUCAUCUGUGUGGAAGGGAAGGAGUUCCCAUGCCACCGGGCAGUCCUCUCAGCCUGUAGCAGCUACUUCCGAGCCAUGUUUUGUAAUGACCAUCGAGAAAGCCGAGAGAUGCUGGUAGAGAUAAAUGGCAUUCUGGCUGAAGCCAUGGACUGCUUUCUGCAGUACGUCUAUACUGGAAAGGUCAAGAUCACUACUGAGAACGUCCAGUACCUCUUUGAGACCUCGAGUCUUUUUCAGAUCAGCACCCUGCGUGACGCCUGCGCCAAGUUCUUGGAGGAACAGCUGGAUCCUUGCAACUGCCUUGGGAUUCAGCGCUUUGCUGAUACACACUCCCUGAAGACGCUUUUCACCAAAUGCAGAAACUUUGCUUUGCAGACUUUUGAGGAUGUGUCCCAGCAUGAAGAAUUCCUGGAGCUCGGCAAAGACGAGCUCAUCGAUUACAUCGGUAGCGAUGAACUGGUGAUUGGCAAGGAAGAGAUGGUCUUUGAAGCUGUCAUGCGUUGGGUGUAUCGGGCAGUUGACCUGAGAAGGCCGUUGUUGCAGGAGCUUCUGACCCAUGUGAGACUGCCCCUCUUGCAUCCCAACUACUUUGUGCAGACUGUUGAAGUGGACCAAUUAAUCCAGAAUUCUCCUGACUGUUACCAGCUACUGCAUGAAGCCAGACGGUACCACAUCCUUGGAAAUGAGAUGAUGUCGCCAAGGACAAGGCCACGAAGAUCAACCGGCUUCUCGGAGGUGAUUGUGGUCGUCGGAGGAUGUGAGCGAGUUGGGGGCUUUAAUCUUCCCUACACCGAGUGCUAUGACCCUGUCACUGGCGAGUGGAAGUCUUUGGCCAAGCUGCCAGAGUUUACGAAGUCUGAAUAUGCGGUGUGCGCUCUAAGGAACGACAUUCUUGUCUCAGGGGGAAGAAUCAACAGCCGUGAUGUGUGGAUUUAUAACUCACAGCUUAACAUUUGGAUCAGAGUUGCCUCUCUCAAUAAAGGCAGGUGGCGUCACAAGAUGGCUGUCCUCCUUGGGAAGGUCUAUGUCGUUGGAGGCUAUGACGGUCAGAACAGACUCAGCAGCGUCGAGUGUUACGAUUCAUUUUCAAACCGCUGGACUGAAGUGGCGCCCCUCAAAGAAGCCGUGAGCUCCCCGGCGGUGGCCAGCUGCGUCGGCAAGUUGUUUGUGAUUGGCGGAGGGCCCGAUGAUAACACCUGCUCAGAUAAAGUUCAGUCUUAUGAUCCUGAAACUAACUCUUGGUUACUUCGUGCCACGAUUCCCAUUGCCAAGAGAUGCAUAACAGCUGUGUCCUUAAAUAACCUGAUCUAUGUUGCUGGCGGGCUCACCAAGACCAUCUACUGUUAUGACCCAGUGGAAGAUUAUUGGAUGCACGUACAGAACACAUUCAGCCGUCAGGAAAACUGUGGCAUGUCUGUGUGUAAUGGCAAAAUCUACAUCCUGGGUGGAAGACGGGAAAAUGGAGAAGCAACAGACACGAUCCUCUGUUACGAUCCAGCCACUAGCAUCAUCACCGGGGUGGCUGCCAUGCCACGGCCGGUGUCCUAUCACGGCUGCGUGACUAUUCACAGAUACAACGAAAAGUGCUUUAAACUGUAAGCCAGGAAGGCGCAAAGAAGCCGCCGCCGCCUCUUCCACCACAAAUGGAAACGUUUCCAAGGACCCCAAUCAGACUCCCGAGGUUUCUGGUGUUUGGUUUUUACGUGUUAUAUGCAAACAAGAGAGUUCCCGUGUUUCCCUGACCUGGGCCAGAGCCCAUUUCCAAAUUGUAAAUAGUCCAAUGUUCAAAGCCUUACUAGUCUUCCAGACUCUGACUCGUGGUAAUAAUGAUCUGAAGUUGUUCCCUCUCUUGUCCCAAGGGAGGCCUUCGGGGGAGGUAACCUUCACAGGUAUUGGUAGAGCUGUGUACACUGCGGCUUAGAUCGCCUGCCUUCCUACACAGCUUUGUACCAUUUGUGAAUACUCUCUUCAUUCUAAGUCUGUUCUCCUUAGAUUGUAUGUGCCUAAUUGUGACAUUCAUUCUCCAGGAAAGCUGCCUAGAGCUUCCUUGUUUGGCUUGCCUACAUUGGCUCACUCAAUGCUUAGACGUUUCUUAAAAAAAAAAAAAAAAAUCUUAUGUCACAAGAAAGUAGGUGUAAGGUGAAAAGUUUUAUUAGUGAACUUCUCUCUUAUGGAUGGAAAUUUGGUGAUUGGUUUAGUUUGAUAAAUGCCUGAGAGAGGCACCUCAUGGCGAUUGUGAUCAAAUACUGCUCUUUUUUGAAAACAGUAAUUUGGGGAGACUCAUAGAAGUAAUCCCUGAAGGCCAGAAAACACAGGCCAAUUCAUUUGGAAAGUAUGUAUGAAACCUUUGAAAGGAAAAUAGCCUGGUGCCUCAUGUCAAGGAGAGCCAUAGUAAGUGGUUCUUGGGUUGGGCUAACUGUUUCUAGCCCUGGGAGAGACCCUGGAGACCAGAGAAGCUGCUCAUUUCCCUGAAGUGGCCCACGUGGUCAAGAACUGCUUUCAUCUCACAAAUGGAUGCCUUCCUUUGGUGAGGAUCCAGCUUCUGGAUGGGUGAGUCCAGGGAUCUCAGUGGGAUCUUCAUUAGCUACAAAGUAUUGCCAUUCCCGUCAAGGGGAAAGCCAAUUUUCACAUUCAGGGACCACCUAUGACAGUGGGUCAUAUUUUCAUAAUGAACUUACCAAAAAAAAAAAGACAGCCUUUCACCUUGAUUUAAAGUUCAGUGUCAUCUUUAUGUAUCCUUUCUACCCACCACCGGUCAGAAAUGUCAGCUGCCCCCAAAACCACGUCCUUUCCUCCAGCACUGCAUUAAUCUCCCACUAGCUUUCAUGGAAGGAACGGUGGCUGCAUUGCAUUUCUGGGGCACAUCUAAGGAUCUCAUUACGAGUGAUUCUAUUUUAUUUUUGUGUCAACGUAACAUAGCUCCACCAACUUGAAAUGCUGGGGAGCUGUGUUCCAUCCAUGGCGAUGCCCAUAGAGCUAUUAUCAGAAAGCAGAGAAUGCAGGAGUGUUUCACUUAUUUUAGGAGGGUACAGAUGUUUGUUUUCCACGACCUGCUCUUUCAUACUUAGCUAGAAACUGAAUCCUGUGCAUCUCUUUGCUAUACAAAGGAAACCCUGCAAAUGUAUUAGAGCAAAGACCACCCACACAAAAAGACUUCCCUGGAAAUCUCUAUAGGAUGCUUCUCAGAUCACAAGAUGCUUUGAAAAAGGCAUCCAGGAGCAUUAGAAAAAGUAAGUGUAAAACAGUCUCUUAGCCUGAGUUAAAACAGGAAACAUUUAAACUGAAAUUAGGGGAUAAAUAUACCCUCAUUAUAGCAAAGAAUUUCUGCUUUUACUAAACUGCUGUAUAAUUUCUUGUGUACAUAAUAUUAUCGAAGGUAGCAAUACAGGGAUUUGUUUGCAUUGUUAUGUGUAUUUGUAAAUUGGUGCCCAUCUGUAAAUAAAGGCACUUGAUACAGAAAUGGUUUUCUCCACAUAAAUGACUUAUGUGGUCUAGCCUCUUUGUCUUUUGUGACCUGUUUACUUGGAUUUUGUAACGCUUAUGCAUUCAUUCAUAAACUUUUCUGCGUGCUGACCCUAGUAAUAACCAUGACAACGUUCUGAGGGACAAGAUCUGCAUCUGAGAGGUGGAGGCUCAGGCUCCUUCCAGUGUGUAAUCUCUUUCUCAUUGAUCAAUGCCUGAAACUUUGUAAUAUACAAGUCAUUUUCCAAACUAGCAACUAAAAGACCGCUGAGAAUUGGUAUUUUUUUAAACCGUUGACUAUAGAUGAAGUUGUUACUUUUGUGCUACAGAGACCCAACUGAUUCUUUGACAUGUCCUAGAAUUACACGUCAUCCUCAGUUAGUGAAACCAGUCAGCUACGGAGGAUUGCUGCCUGUUGGUAUGGACAUUCGAAGUACUGCUUAGGUUAACAGUAAAGAUUGCAUUCAUGCUGGCAUCGUGCCAUUGAGGGGCUUUUUGUGUCUGUUGCUCACGUGGACAUACACACGCUUGUACGUGAAGAAGCAUUCUAGGCCAUCCAUCGUGGUUAACAGCAGGAGAAUUUUAUGUGGAUCCCAAUUAAAUAAAAUGGAAGGAAAUGUGUUUACCUCUUCGAGCAUUUUUUUAGUUACCAAGUGCAAGUUCGAAAUUGUCUUCUGUGUGAACCACGUACAUGUGAAAGAGAGGUGAAGGACCAUCUUUAUAACGAGGAGCUCCUUGGAGAUUCAUAUCUGCAAGGUCAAGUCGGGAGGAGGGAUGCUCAGAGUACACAAGCUCGGUGUUCUGUGUAUUUAGUUCUGCUACCCUAGGGGAGGAAGGAAUGCAGUGAAUUUAUUUUCUGUAUUGGUAGAUAAAAGAACCUUUAAAUGCUGGGCUUCUUCUCUAGGUGUUAUAGCAGCAGAGACCCUUCUGGGCUUUCUCCCACUAAAGAGAAUCAUUAGCUCUUGUUAAGGGUGUCUGCCUGCCUGGUACCACUGAUGGGUCCUUCUCCAUUUUCAGGAACCCCCCGCCCCUGUCCCCCUUUGAAUGGGCAUAGAGUGGCAGCCUUUUGGAUUUCCAGAAGCCUGGAAGAGUUUAAAAACUCAGAUCUAUCACAAGAAUUUGGAUGGCUUUUUUUUUUUUACUUUGUUUUUAAGAAAAAAAUACUUGGGGAGGAAAUUAAUUUGUCCCCUUUUCUUCAAAUUGGGCUUCUGUCACUAGUUACUUUCAGAAAGUCAUAAUUCUAGGCUUUGAGGCAGAUUGGGAAAAGGGGCUUCACCCCGAUAGUGGCUUAACAUUCAUUCUUUUCUCUUAAAAGAGAGAAAAUGCUUUCUUGAUUGGUGCAUUCUGUUUCCCCAGCAAUCACCAUCUAGUUCCCUAGUCCACUUCUACUGUCAGAUGCCCGGUGAAACUCAGGAAGUGAUGACAAAAGUUCUCUUACUUUUGGCCAUCUACAUACCAGGUUUUUUAUGUUGUCUGGAAAUGACAAUAGACAAUAAAAAUUUGCUGUGAGGGCCCAGGCUUAGGACUGGGCCCGUGUUUUUAUUUUGUCCUAACUCAUGAGAAAAAGAGGCUGAAUGGUGUGUGUGUGUUGGGGGGGGGGGGGUGAGGGUGAGGAAGCAUCUUGAGGCUUAUCUGCUCAGAGGCAUCUUUGACCUCAAGACAGUUUUCUCAAAGGGGACGAUGAUCUGCUGUCUGUGUUCAGUCUAAAAAGAAUCCUAGACGUCUGUUAAAGGCUAAGGUAGUUCGGCCUUUCUUUGUGCAAAGGCAAGGAGCUGGUUGCUGUCUUUAGCAAGAGUUAACAUCACUCUCUCAAUGUUAGCCUUUAGGGACACGUUAGUUUAAAAGUAUUUUAAGCCAAGUCAUUAGAAACCAAGUUCAUGUUCACUCACCUCAUUAGUCUUGUAGUUAAAUAAAUGAAUUCAGUAGGUACUGUAAUGAACAUAGGGGCAGUUUGGACUAACUGAACUAUGUCACUUCAGAAUGCUAGGUGCCAGAGACCACAUGAGCCAGGAGAGUGUGAAUCCAUCGAUAAUUCCAAAAACAAGGAGAAUAGUUUUAUCUGUUUUUCAUCAUACUUUAGGCAAUAUUUUUGAAGUGUGGGGAUUUUUUUUUUUUGGUAUGAAUGUUUUUCAUUUUGUGCGGUUACCAAGAUACUCUAGUGCUCAGGAUCAUCAAGUGAUAGACGAUGAAGAUGACGGUCACAAGUGCGUAGUAACUUAUUUUAUAUUCUUGUUCCAAAGAGACUGUAAGCCCCAUGAGGGCAGGGACUUUGUCAUUUUCAUGUCUGUGUGUCCCCACCACCUAGCAUGGUGCCUUGCACAUAGUAGGCGCUUAAUAAAUGUCUGAAUUGAAUUUUCGUGUUUCAGAAAUAAUUGUGCCUGAAUUUGCUGGAUGUGCCUAAUGUCUCCUAGUAUUUGUUUCAAAUACUGUACCCUCGAGCUACACAAUUAAUCGCUUUAGGUAAAUGUCAUAUUUGUUUCCUGUAGUGCAGCAAGGUUCCCCACCUUUUAAUUUGUGUAGUGAAUACUAGGCACGAUGGGAGAAGAUGAGGACACUUUAAAUGGUGAUAAUUUAUUUCUUUGAAGCUGUGGCCUAAGGCUUAUGAUUGAUUUCCCUUUGUAUCCUGCGUUUUCCACAGUUUUCAAAAACACUAUUGGUCGCAUGUUAGUUCCAGGGAUUCUUUCAGUUGUGUAUUAAGCAGUACUAUAGCAGUUGCUUGGGAGAAUGUCGUGGGUGGUUUUAUAUCUCUUCUGUCUUCAGACCAAGGUGCUUGUUACGACACUCAAUAACCUCCUAACCUGAUAAACUUCAUUUGAAAUACAUAGAGGUUAUACUUUGCAUAUCAAGAAACGACAUCCACUAAUUUUCUUUUAGCCAUCCCACUAUACAUUAGCACCACCCUCCACUAGGAUUUUUCUUUUCGUCUUUCUUUGGAAGCUGAUACUUGUUACAGAAAAUCAAAAACUGUUGAGCUAAUUCUUUUUUAGGGGUUAACUGGUAAAAACAAGUUAUCCAGUUGGACACAAGUGCAGCCUCCCCAAGAGUCUGGAGCAGUGACGGCCGUUUUUAUUGUUGUCAGUUCGGAGCUCCAGGUUGACUCAACGUUGAGAAAGAUAACCUUGUAUUUCAGUGUCUUUAAGGUUCUGUUGUAGCCCAUCAGUACUUGUGUUCUAUUUAAAUGUACUUGCAAAGUUUUCCUCGAAUUCUAAAAAAUGUAAUGUACCUAAUAAAUUUAUCUUUUAACUUA